AUGUUCCGAUUGGUGGUGUUGUCCGCUCUUCUUGCCGUUGCCGCUGCCGCUCCGGGGUACAUCCACUCGAGCCCGGUCGCCUACUCGACCGUUGUUGCUGCCGCGCCGACCCUCGUCGCCCAGAAGGAGAUCUCGUACCAGAAGAGCAUCGUCGAGGAGCCGACCGUGGCGCAUGUUGGUACCGUGCUGAAGACCAUCCCGACCGGUGUGACGCACACCAGCUCGGCCGUGGUGCACGACACGAAGGUGCACGAGAAUGUGUAUGCUCCGGCGGUGAAGAAGACCGUGGUGUCGACGCCGGUUGAGAAGACGACCUAUGUUCAGGCUGCUGCCCCGGUGGUUCAUGCCGCCCCGGCUGUCUAUGCUGCCCCGGUCCAGACGGUCUAUGCUGCUCCAGUUGCCAAGACCUACACCUAUGAUGCGCCGGUUGCCAAGACCUACGUCCAUGCUGCCCCAGCUGCCGUUGCCUACGAGGCCGCCCCAGUGUCGUACGUCGCUCCGCUGGCCAAGACUGCCUACGUCAGCAGCUACCCGUCGGUGUACUCCGCCCCGGCCGUCUAUGCCAGCCAGUACCACUAA